AUGGAUAAAUAUUUGUUUUAUUUUUCUUGUAUUUACUUAACUUUAUACGUAGUAAUAUGUAAACAAUUAGAAAAUCAAAACAUUGUGGUUUUUCCACAAUACAGCAAUUUAGGAAAUUAUUUUAAAGGCAAAGAUAUACAAAGUAAGCAUAAUUUAAACUUAAGUAAGGGAUCUAAAUAUAAUGAAUAUUCUUUGGUAUCUUUAAAGGCUAGUUCUAUAUUUAAUCAGUAUUAUGUUGCUAGGUUGAUCAAUACACUUUUAUAUAGAGGAUUCAAGACAUUUGGAAAUUUUCAUCGCAAUGUAGCUAUGUACGAAUCUCUUUCUAGAACGAAUUACUUUUUUUAUUUAACUGUAUUGGAUAGAAAAAAUGUAAAAAAUAUUGUUAAGUUAUUAGAAAAAGCCUCCAAUUCAAAGAGAAAAUAUGAAAUAUUUAAAAAGUAUUUAAUUUCACAAUUUGAUUACCCUGCCUUCGAAAUAAAUGAUGCUAUUAAAAAUGAAAUGGAUCAAGCACUUAUAGUAUAUAGAAAAGCAAAAACUGAUUCAUAUUGGAGUCUUGUUGAUGCAGUGAAGGGUGAUGGUAUGUUAUUAAUUAAAACAUUUUUCACUGUAUCUUUUGUUCAAAGUCUUAGGGGAGUUAUUGGGGUUAUAAGUCAUGAGCUAUUAGACGUAUGUUUUGCUAAUGCUGCUGUAUUUAACCAUAUAGCAUCUUUUGAUAGACUUUUUAUGAACAAUACUUUUGGAGCAAUAGUAGGAUAUGUUUUUAAAUCAUUUUUGCUUUUUUUUUACCCAUUAAUAAUACCAUUUCGUGGAGCUUUUGCUUUUGUAAUAUCAGCAAUUUGUGUGACUCAAUUGAGUAAAAUUAUAUUUGCUAUUUAUAGGAAAUUGAAACAAUUGUAUCGUAUAUCUUACAGAAAAAUUACUAGCGUUAUUUAUAAGGUGGAUCUAAAUAAAAGUCCUAAACUUUAUAAAUAUUCUAUGAGAUUACUAUACGGAGAUGCUUUAAUUUUAGUUGCAAAAAUUUGGAAAUUAUCUUAUAUAAAUAUAAAUGGGCAUUUAUCUGGAGAAAAUAUAUACCCUGUUUUAAAUAAUUUAUUUGAAAAAAAUCUUGGUACAGGCUUUUUUGAUUUUAGUCAAUCACUAUGUAAAUAUGUUUUGGAAGCUUUAGAAGAUUUAAAAUUCAUAGAUAGGAAAGAUAACGAUAUAAGUGAAAAUUUUACACAUAAAAAUAAAACAUUUAAAACAACCCUACUACUUCUUAAAAUUACUAGAAAGGCUCUAUAUUAUGAGGAACCUUACUUGAAAUUAGCUGUUGCAAAUUUGUUAACAAAAUUUUAUACCUUGAUAUUAGUUAAUAUAGAUCAUAUUAGCAGGAUGAAUCCAAAAGAACAUUUUUAUAACGACAUAGAAUCAGAAUUUAAAUAUAUAUAUAGAGAGCAACAAAAUGAACUAUUUUUGCAAAAGCUUGCUUCUGAUAUAAUAAGAAAACCAUUCAUUAAAAGAAAUAUCACUAGAAUUAAUAAGGGUUGUAUUGAACUCACCUUGGCUAUUAUUAAGAUAAAAUUAUUUCAUUACAAGCCCAUGUUAAAAGGACCUUAUUCUAGUUUAUACUUUGAUAAAUCACUAAAAAAACAAUUAGAUACUUCAAUAAAAUUAAUCAUUAAUGGUUCAGUGGGAAUUAUAUCAAGUCUUGCUAAUUAUGGAGAAAAAUAUAACAUUCUUAAAAAGUGUCCUUUUGAAAUAAUUAAAAAUUUAGAUGAAUCAUGCGAUUAUACUACAUAUGAAGUUAAAAAAAUGCUAUUUCCAAUUAAAAUUUUUAUAAAUAUCUUAAUUCCUUUAUUUUUAAAUUAUAAGGAUGUAUUAAUAGAUAAAAAAAUUGUAAAUGAUAUUGUUAUUUUUUUUAAAGUCAUUAUUGAUAUAAAAGAGAUACACUUAUAUGAAUAUAUGAAAAAAAUUAUAAAUAUGUUAAAAAAAGAAAAAGGUGAAGAUGCUAAAGAUAUUAUUUAUGUAGAAGAAAUAGAAAAGAUAGUUAUUGAAGAAUCUAACAAAGUUAUAGAUGAAAUAAACAGUGAUAAAAGAAACUCAUUUGUAUUUCAAGAUUAUUCUAUUAAUGAUGGAACUAUAUAUUUGCAUAAUAAAGACGGGAAUCAAUUUAAAUUUGAAUUUAGAGAUGAUCAUAUAAAAGAUAACUUUUUAAGAUUAAUGCUUGAACAUGAUCCUCAAAAUCCUUUCAAGUAUCAAGUCCCUCAAAUUAUUUUCGAUCCUUCUGAUAGUAACAAUGGGAGUUUAAUAGUAGGUUCAUCCGAUAACACAUUUGAAGGGAAAAUAAUUCCUUCUUAUAUGCAUAUUAGUGAAGAUGAUGACAAUUUAGUCGUUGAGGCAAUUCAUGGAGUAUUAUGGUCAUCGGGAAUGGAUCAAUUCAAUGCUCAUAUUUUUUCUUCAAUGAUAGGCUCGGUUAAGCAAACUUUUCACAGAGCUUCAUCAUGGAAAAGGGCUAUUUUAAAUAUGGUUCCUACUGAAUUUUAUGAUACACAUAGAAGACUUAUGGAAAAAACGUAUCAAGAAAAAGAUCAGAAACAAAACGUAUUUAUAAAAAGAAUUAAAAAAUAUAGGUUUCAAUUUAAUAGAGAAUCUUUUUCAUUUAUGUUCAGAACCUUUUUAGAAAAUGUUUUAAAUAAAAUAAAUUUUUAUGAUGCAGAAGAAGCCAUGAUUAUACUGGUUAUGUCAGCUUUAUAUUCCGUCUAUAAAAAUAUUGAAAAAUAUAAAAUGCCUUUAAAUGAAACAUAUAAAUUAUAUCAGCAGAAAUUGGUAGAAUCUUAUUAUCACGUCUCUAAAUAUUCACAUAAUUAUGAAACAUAUACGAUAAAUUUAAUAAAAAAAAUGAAUCAAGAUAAUGAAAAACUAGAGAAAAUUAAAAAUGUAAGUGAAGUAAAGCUUUCACUAGAUGAUGAUAUUGUGAGAAAUACAAAAUAUCUACAAUUAGAAAUACAAUCCAGGGAAAAAGAAAAAAGUGAUAUUCUUAAAUAUAUAACAUCUCGUUAUGGGGAAAUACCACACUAUGAACACUAUCUUCAUUUACCAGCGCAAUGUUUAUUUUUACUUUAUUUUUCGUAUGAAUCAUUUUUACGAAAUAAUAUAUAUGGAAUUGAAGAUGUUGUAAAUCUGUUAAGGAAAAGAAAUGUUAUCAAAAAAUCUAUAAGAAAUAUGAAUAUUAUACAAGGUGAUAAUACAAAAUUUUCAUCUAUUACUCAUAAAGAUUUAAUACAAAUACUUUGUUCAACUCAUCUAUUUCUAAAAAAAGAAAAUGUUUCUCUUGAUGAUAUAUAUAAAGAUGAAAAUCUUGAUAAUGUUAUACAUCACCUAUUAAUAAUAGUCUCACUUUUAAGGAUAGAAAAAAAAACUGACAGAUAUUCUUGGAAAAAAUAUUUAACUAUAGAAAAAUCUUUAGAUCAAAGAAAAAAAUUAUACAAAGCCCCUCUUAGAUAUCUAUAUUUAAAAUUGUUAAAAGUGCAAAGGUUUUUUGCGUCUAUGAGAAGACGAGUAUUGUUAACAAUAGGAAAACGAAUGAAGAAGAAAAGACUUAUAAAUAUAUUAAGACCUACUAGAUUUUUUGAAAUAAUAGAAAAUGCUGAAGUUAUUAAUGAGAGUUAUCCGCGUGCAUAUAUUAAAUUUGAAGAUAUUCUGAUUUUUUCAAAUGUAUUCCAUAAAUUCAGAAGUUCUAUUCUAAGAUAUACUAAGGAUAAACAAAGUAUAAGAGAAAUAGUAAAUAAUUUUAAAUUAGCUCCAAAUACAUCGAAAAACAACGAACAAUUAUUAUUGAAAAUAUUUGAGAAUUUAAAUUUCCUAAUUAAAAAAAAGUUAAAAAUAAAUUUACAUAAUUUAAGAAUAAAUAAAGAGGAUCUAGAAAAAUAUAUAGAAAAUAAAGAUAGCUAUUUAUUAAAUGAAGUAAAUUUAAAUCAAGAAUUAGAAGAGUAUUUAACUCAAUUAAUAGGGUUUAUAAAACUUUUGACAGACAUGAAUUUUACAAAUCAGUUAUUUUUAAGAAACUUUUAUAAUUUUAUAAAGUUAUAUGCAUUAACAGGAGAUUUAAGUUAUUCAAUAAACAUUUCUUCUAUUUAUUUGUGUAGUAAAAAUUACUUAUAUUUUAUUUUGAAUUCAAUUGAAGAAUUUGAAAACUUCAAAAUAUUUAUAGAAAAAUUAAAAGAAAAACAUGACUUUAAAAGAUAUCAUUUGGAUCCUUAUAAUUUUAAUAUUCAAUGCCAUUCUACAGAUAAUAUUAAAACUUAUAAAAUUUUGUUAAAUGACCUGAUAAAAUUGAAUAAAUAUGCUAACAUUAUUCAAACUGAACUUCCUAAAUUUUAUAAAGAUUACUUAAUUUUUAAUUUAUUUUACGAUAAUAUAGAUAUAGAAAAUUUAAAUUUAAUUUAUGAUAGAAUGAGAAAAACUAAUCAAAGUCAUGUUCCUUCACAGGAAAAUAUUUACCUUAGUGGUCCUAAAAACUUUUCCCAAAAUAUUUCCUUUGAUGAUAUAGACAAAUUAAAUGAAUCAUUUAAAAACUAUUUAUAUUUAGAAAAGUUUCUAGAGAACACAAAUAUCCCAUCUAUUCCAUUUGAAAAUUUUAUGCUGACAAAUGAAAAUAAUAGGGUCUUUUUGCAAUUUACAAAUAAAGCUACAACGCCACUUAUUUAUAAAGAAAAUAUUUUAGAUCAAUUUACAAUAGUUGGAAGAUCAAUGGUUAGUGAAUAUAAUAAUAAAGUGAAAUGUUCCUUUGUUAAUUAUCCCUCUAAUUUAUACUAUUGGCUUGUUUUAAAUCCUGGAAAACCAAACAUUGAAGCUAUUAGCAAAACAGGUUUAAUAAAAGAAGAAGAUUUAAAACCUAAACCAGAACAUAUAGAAGAUGAGGAUGAAAUUAAAACGGAUGAAGAAAAUAUUUUGGAUAAUUUAUUUUUUGAUCCUAAUAAAGAAAAAAGUUCUGAUGAUAUUAAUUCAGAUGCAUCUACAUCAGCUGAAGACGAUUCCAAAAAUAGUGAACCAGAAUUAACAACAGAUGAUUUAGAAAAAGAUCUCUCAGAAAAGGUGAUGCCAAAAACACAUGAAGAUAAAGUUGUAAAAGAUAAUAUAAAUACAAAUGAAAAUGAUAAUCUUUAUAAUCUCAACACACAAUAUGUUGUGACAGAAUCAUUGAAUGAUAGCAAAAAUAUAGACAAUUCUACAGACGCAUCAAGUAAGGAAAUAGAAGAAACUACUGAUGAUAAAUCAUCUGAACAAAUAACUAAUCCUUAUUUAUUUUUAGAAAUAAAACAUAAUGAACACAUUGAAAAUAAUCACAAAUUGAAUACAGAAAAUAAACAAAUUAAUUUUCUUGAAGCAACAAAAACUGAUAGAUUACCUUUUAAUUCUACAAUGAUAAUAAAUAAAAAUAAAAAAAUUGUUAAUAAUAACUACGGUUUCUUUAAUAGACCAUAUAAUAUAUAUGUUCCUGAUCAUGGUAUUUUUAGGAAUUUUCAUAUGGUAAUGAAACUAAUUCAAACUUUAAUAUCAAUGAACAAAUUUUCCGUAAUUAGUGCUGAUUCAAUUAUAAGAAAAGGAAUAGAAAGAAUGAGGAAAAAAAAUGAUAAAAACCUAGCACAAAUUUUGAAUCCUUUUAUACAUAAAAUGUUAUUAGAUAUAAAUCUAACAAUACAAAAGUUGAAGUCAAAUAGUGAAAUGGAAUAUAGAGGCCCAAAUACCACAAUACUCAGUUUGUAUAAACUAAUUGAAUUUCAACUAUUUAAUCAAUACUUAGUUUAUCCACCUAUAAAAAGAUUAAAUGAAAAAGAAUUGAAAUACGUUUUAGAUAUUAUAAAUGAAGGAUAUUAUUUCUAUAUACAAAAAUUAUCAACGAAAUUAAGAAAAAAUAAUAUUAAUAAAGAUAAAAUAUUAAAGUUCUUUUCUUAUUUUGAUGAGUUCAAAAAUAUACUUGAUGAAGAAGGAAUCACAGGAUUACAUGAUUUGUUCAUAAAUUCACUUACAUGUAAAAACAUUAAAUGCUUUGAUCAUAUAUUUAAUAUCUAUAUAGUUGAAUACUACAACCGUAAUGUUACAAAAUUAUUAAAUAAUGAAAAUUUAAUUAAUAUGUACACUAAAUUCAUUCUUGAUGAGAAUGCUUUAGAUGUUUUGCAAGAUGCUCAUGAUAUAUAUUACAUUACAAAUAAAAAAAACAGAAGUUCAAUAAGAAAAGAAGAUUCGACGGAAUCACUUUAUAAUCCACAGUUGUCUCGCAGAGAAUUCUUAUUUAGUUUACUAACAUUUGGAGAAAAAUACGAACCCUUGCACGAUAUGUUCAAUUUAUUCAAUAUAAGACAUAUAUACAUAAAUAUUAGUUACAUGUUACUUAGUAAAAAAUAUAGAAUUAAAAGAUCUCUUAAGAUAUUUUCACAUAAAUAUAGGAUUUCCAAUUUUCUAAAGACUAUAAAAAGAGAUAAUGUGUAUAUUCCUUAA